AUAGCGCCGCGUGCCCACACUGCUCAUAUACGGCUGAUGCACGGCGGGCGCUCCUGAGUCACACUACUGAGGUAAGCGAGUGGAUACAAAGAGACGAGUGGAGGAAGGAGGGAGGAGCACGCCUUCUCCUCCCCGCUACAUGAACACGACCCAGAGCUGAAAACCCACAUUUCUUAUUCCUCAACUGAGCUGACGCUGAUCUACAGAGGACGCACAUCCUACUGUGAGCUCACUGUGCUUUAUUCAUUCAGCCACUACAGGAGCGUUAUCCUUUUUUGUUGGAUGUGGCUAGUUUUACAAUGUAAAGGACAUUUUUUAGCUUAAGUAUAAGUUAAAUCUGAGAAGUAAAUUCGGAGCUUCUCCAGUGUGAGAAGGCAGGAUAUUCCUUCGUACGAACUGAGGAACGCACGAAGUUUGCAUGAAAGAUCUUGGGGGUAAAUCCCACUUGGGAAGUUCACUGGAAAAAGGGGAAAAGGGUCUCUUUCAUCCUAAAAGCCCCCAUCUCUGCCAGAAUUCUCUCACCAUGUCUCUGGCCUCCUUCCAAUUGAUGCAGACCCUAAAGAACUCUCCUGCAGUGCUCCGCCGGCACUUCCGACGGGACCGAACAGAGAGCCUGUCACAUGGUGACCCCAUCUUUAAGGUGCACUACUUGGGUACCAAGAAGAUCUUCUCGUUGGACUUAGAACAGGCAGAGGAUGCCAUCGACCGGCUCUUGGACGGUGCACCUGGGAAGCUGAACAAGGACCAUGCUCUGGUGGUGCGGCCACGCUACGUGGAAGUCAAAGAGCUGAGCACAGGCAGGCAGCUCACCAAGACUUUCCUGCAUGACAUUGCGUACUGUGCUUCACACACAGCGCGGCCCAACGUGUUCCUCUAUAUCUGCCGGCAGCCGGGUCAGCAGCUGCAGUGCAGGGUGUUUUGGUGUAGCCGGGAGGAAAGGGCUAAGGACAUGACUGCCUGCCUGGCAAAUUCAUUUCAGAGGGCGCUAAAUGAUUGGCAGGACGGGUGUGCCACGCUGGCGAAGGCAGAAGGUGUAGCUAAGGAGGACGAGCCGCUCAGCAACUCCAAUGUGCCCAAAGUGUCGACACUGCCAGCCAGUCUAGGAAAAGUCCGUUGGAAGAAGAAGGGCUCUGUGUCCCGCAGUCCUCUAAGAUCCAUCACCAGACGAGGAUCAGGAAGUGACAGCUGGCACUGAGUCAGCCAGGUCUCAUCCUACUGCUUGAUCUUUUGACCCCUAUGGGAUCUCACAAACAAGAAGGCACUUUCUCUUGGUUGGGUUGGCGGGAGGGAAGAGACAGAAGGCGACAACAACUGUCGACUUGCCAGAAAAGACUUCACCGUACCUUUCUUCUGGGAAAGUACAGUCUUUGCAGGCUGUGGUCAGUGUUUGUACUGAUGCCAAAUUUGCUGUAAUAGUUCCUUCAGAACAGGGUAACUGAUGACUGACAGGGAUGAGCCAAAGCUUAUAUGCAGGUCAUUUUUAGCUCAUUUAUUGUUCAUCUUAUUGAUGGUAGUAUUCUUUGUGUCCUGAUGUUAGUCCUUUGGGAUUAUUGGGACUAGUAUGUAAAUUCAUGCAGGCAAAGUAAACCAUCAAAAUCAAGUAAAACUAACCUAACCAGUUUCUAACAGUGUGACAGUUGUUUUAAAAGUGUUUAUUUAUUACAGGUUUUUAUGUCCUCAGCCCUGUACUAUGUACAUAGGGAUGUUUGGGAAAUGGGCGAUAAUAACUGAUGAGGAGCGUAACGGGAAAUGUGCCUGUGUUUGUAUUGGACGUGUCAUGUUGAUUUGUGUGGGAACAAGGAGGAUGCUGGGUCCAGAGUGUGCUUGAAUGCUUGAAAUUACAACAACAAAAGCAGGCAAUAAUUACGGCGAAUUCAAAAUCGAACAGUAAAUGGGAUUAGUACUCAAUAUGACAGAUUACUAGAAUAGGUUUUAGUUCAAAACUAAGGCCUAAUAGCAUUUAAACUUAAUAAUAGAAGCAGUCUAUCCUUUUAUUUAUUCCCUGAUUUUUCCCAUGCUCCUUUUCUAUUUGAGCAUAUAUGUUCUGCAGUGUAAUGGUUAACUACAUUUCCAAAUAAAGAUUAGGCUCAUUCCCCCAAAUAUUUCCACCAUUUAGAUCAGUUUCCUCCCAGCAGCAGAUAUUCAGGCAAUAAGCUAUAACCCUACAUAGAGUUGAUUUGUGUGGGAGAAGGGAGGAUGCCAGGUCCAGAAUGUGCUACAGUUUGAGUUACAGCAACAACAGCAAAAGUAUCUGCUGAAUUUAAGUAGCAAACAGAAUUAGCACUUAAUAUAACAGUUUUGAACUGGAACUAUUACACCUUGGAUUACUGAAACAUGUAGGUAAAAGAAGAGUACUGCAGUUUAGGCACUUAUUAAUUUCUAUUAUCUUCGCUAUUGCAGUAUUCUAAAGUAAAAUAGCAUGGUUAACGAAUUAGAAAUGUACUGCACCGUUGGCAUUUAUUAAUUACCAUAUUUUCCCAAAAUCAUUAACUAUAAGAGC